CCCGCGGGGUACAGAGCCGUCCAGCGCUGGAGGAAAGCAACCAGGGGGCGUUGGGCCCUACGCUUCAACUCUAUACACCAGGCCUGCAACUAUUGGACGAAAGCGGCCGGUUUUCACCAGUGCAUCCAGCAGCGGAUCUGCCUCGUCGGAGUCCGGAAGCUCACGAAAAUGCCCCUCUCUUGGCCAAGCAGGCAGAGCCGGAAGAGAGAGAAGAGGCUGGAUACGGACUUGGGAACUCAUUCCAGGUUGACCUGCAGUUCUUUUCACAUCUGGCUGACAACCUACAGAUGCCAAAGCAGGGCUCUGAGGCCUCCGGAGAGUCCGGAUGUAGCAGGACGGAUAGCCGGAAGUGGCUGGACGCAGGGAAAUGAUACGGAACUGGCUGCAGCUGAGGGUCACAGGCAGCGGCUUGAGAGGAAGUAUUUGAGCUUGUGGAGACACAACGUCCUCGCGCGCCGUUUCCAGCACGCCAGGGACACGCGGCACCUGGCGAGGGCGUGGUUGUCCUGGAAGGACGCUUGCAGGAUGGAGGUGGUGGUGCGGGCCUUGGCGCGUCAGAGGCUGGUUGAGUGGAGUUGGAAGACGUGGAGGCGACGCUGCCUGCAGAGCUGGGUGGCGGAGCGUUUUCGGGAAACUGGAGAAAAGCACCUGCUCAAGAUGGCUUUUGCAAGGUGGCAGCAGCGUCUUACAGCAGCGGAGAAGCACACUUUUAGCAGGCUGGAACACUUUUAAACAUCUCCGCAAUACUUUUAAUUCUAAUUUCAAGAUCAGGUUGGAUCCUGCGUGCGAGAGAAGCAACAGCGUCCCUGUCCGCUCUCACCAAUCACCCUCAGAAAAGGAAGCUUUCCAACCUGUCGGAAGCCCUUCGCAACGGCCCUCUGAAAACACGGACUAUCCCAUCGCUCAAGGAGCCUUGAGCGUCAAUAUGGGGCAUGUGCUUCCCGCCAGCAUUUUGGAAGGGUGGGGAAACGACACGUUGAAAAGCAGACCCGGCCACAAAUGGA